AAAAACAGCAGCACAUGCACGCUGCUGUCACCAUCCGUGACCCUUGGAGCUGUAGCACAUUCCCUUCUCUUGCUGGCCAGCCCAUGACUGCCCCUCAGCACCUGUGCCACGGGAGCCUGAGCUGCAGCCAUGGCACAGAGCAACUUCUCCCAGGUGACUGAAUUCAUCCUCCUGGGGCUCUCUGACACCAGGGAGCUGCAAGUCGCCUUCUUCACCAUCUUCUUCCUGGCCUACACCAUGGUUCUGCUGGGGAACCUUCUCAUCAUUGUGACAGUCAGGACUGACCCCAAGCUCUCCUCACCCAUGUACUUUCUCCUCUGCAACCUGUCCUUCCUCGAUAUCUGCUACACCUCUGUCACCAUUCCCAGGAUGCUGGUGGACCUGCUCUCCCGCAGGAAGGCCAUUGUGUUUGAAGGCUGCAUUGCCCAGCUCUUCUUCCUGCACUUUGUUGGCUCCUCGGAGAUGUUCCUGCUCGCCGUGAUGGCCUACGACCGCUACACGGCCAUCUGCAAGCCCCUGCACUACACGGCCAUCAUGAGCCGCUGGGCCUGCUGGCUGCUGGUCUGCUCCUGCUGGGCAGGGGGGUUCCUGCACUCCAUCACCCAGACUUGGCUCACAAUCCAGCUCCCCUUCUGCGGCCCCAACACCAUCGACAGCUACUUCUGCGACGUGCAGCCCGUCAUCCGCCUGGCCUGCGCCGACAUCUACCUCACCCAGUGGCUCAUGGCCUCCAACAGCGGCCUCAUCUCCCUGGGCUGCUUCCUGCUGCUGCUCACCUCCUACACGCUCCUCCUGCUCUCCCUCCGGGGACGCCUCACCCAGGGCCACUGCAAGGCGCUCUCCACCUGCGCCUCGCACCUGCUGGUCGUCACCCUCUUCUUCCUGCCCUGUAUCUUCAUCUACCUGAGGCCCCCCUGCACCUUCCCCUUCGACAAGUACGUCUGUGUCAUCUACACCAUCUUGUCCCCGCUGAUGAACCCCCUCAUCUACACCCUGAGGAAUAACGAGGUGAAGGAAUCCAUGCAGAGGCUGUGGAAGUGCUGCAGCGUCUUCUGAGACUUGCACCUGGAGGGACGUUCCUACAGACUGAUGGCUUGGUGACUAAUGCCUACACACUUCAAAUUAGGUGUGUGGAUCUAUACACACACAUAUAUAAAUAUU